AUGGAGGUGAUCAGAGGUAAUACCCCUGGGACUGCAAAUAGCCCGGUCGGUAAACCUAAAGCGCCUCCUACCUACACUGAAGUCCUUAGCCAGUUCAAGUUUGGACUGAUGCCUAAGGACUAUCCGAUGUCUCGGCUCUCGACUACCAUGAUGGAACUAGUAGAAGAGUCCAUCCUGGCUAUAGUCGUUGAUAAGAGAAAGGAACAAUUCAAGCCCAAAUUCACCAACUGCAGGUUUAGGUCCGGGUUUAUGGUAAUAGAGUGCCAGAACCAGGAAUCUGCAGACUGGCUGAAAGGAAUUGUUCCGAGUAUCAAGCCAUGGGAAACAGCUGAUCUGAUGGUUGUUGAUAGUGAAUCUAUCCCGAGACCAGAAAUUUUAGCUGUCUUCUUUCCCAAAAGUGAGAAAAACGACAAUGAAACCAUAUUGGCUCUGGUUGAAGGCCAUAACGACAUUGCCACUGAUUUUUGGAGUGUGUUAAAGCGCAAGCCCAUCAAGAAUCAUGUGCAGCUUAUCCUGUCAGUAGACGAAGCGUCAGCGAAAAAAAUCGCUGAUUGGAACUACAAACUGAAUUAUAAAUUCGGAAUUAUAUACCCGCGGAAAACCAGGGCUGGUCGAAAUUUCAAAAGCGCCAGGCCUGAAUCCACAAAUAAUGCUGUAAUCGCCGAAAAAGUUCUGCCUUCACUACCGAGUGAUAGCAAAAACCGGUGUAAGCAGCCUGUUCAAGGGAGCACACCUGAGGGAGAGCAAAACGAGCACUCAAUGGUACCCUUGAAUAAUCACCGUACGCAGGGGGAGCGAAAGAAGCCCCCGGGAGCAAAGCUGUACCGAGAUGGACGACAAGAACAUUAA